AACAAAUCAUAUAUCUUGAUAUCACUCGAAUAACCAACCGGUUACACUCCAUCCAAACCUUGGAACUUUCACGAUGUCCAACACGUCACCGGAGUCAACCACCGCACCGUUACUCCGGCCACGGCAACCCACCGGAGACUCACAAUCCACCACCGCUAGACCUAACACACUCGCUCUCCUCCUCGGCCGAGCUUCGGGACGCCACGGCGCCUCUAUGCUGGUGCGCGAGACGGCAGCGCGCCAGCUGGAACAGCGCCGAGCCGACUGGGGCUAUUCAAAGCCGGUCGUAGCCCUAGAUAUGACGUGGAACCUCGCGUUCGUUGCGGUUUCGGUAGUUUUGUUGUUCUGUACGAUGGAUGAGAAACCUAAUGUGCCGGUUAGGGUUUGGAUUUGCGGUUAUGCGGUUCAGUGUGCGUUGCACGUGGUGUUGGUGUGGUUGGAGUAUAGGAGGAGGAGUCGGAGAUUAACGGAAGAGGAAAGUGCAGGUGGAAGUGAUAAUUUGAAUGAUAGUGAAGAGGAUGAAGGGAGGAUUGGGGAUGGUUUGAGUUCUAAUGGAAUCAGCUACGCUAAAAGAUGUGAAAAUCUUAAUACAAUGGUAUCAUUCGUCUGGUGGCUGAUCGGCUUCUACUGGAUGGUUGCUGGUGGUGAGAUUCUUAUGCAUCGUGCUCCGCGUCUGUACUGGGUGACCGUGGUGUUCUUAGCCUUUGAUGUGUUCUUCGCCAUCUUCUGUGUUGUGUUGGCAUGUUUAAUCGGGAUUGCCCUUUGUUGUUGCCUGCCCUGCAUAAUUGCUAUUCUGUAUGCAGUUGCUGGCCAGGAAGGUGCAUCCGAUGCAGACCUCAACGCGCUUCCUAAAUACAGAUUUCAGGCAUCCAAAGAUAACGAAGACAAACCUGAGGUGGGAGCAGGUAGAAUGGUUCCUGCUGAAUCAAAUGGCGGUCACUUAGCUGUCGAACGUGUUCUUCUACCUGAGGAUGCUGUAAGUUUAUUGUUGAUGAUUUGGAAGGGAUUGCUGCAUUUGUCUAAGCACAUAUGAAGAUGGAGCAGAGCUUCAUUCACUUCCUUGCAACCAUCAUUUCCAUGCUACAUGCAUUGUGAAAUGGCUGAAGAUGAAUGCAACUUGCCCACUUUGCAAGUACAACAUCCUCAAGGGAAAUGAACAGGUUUAAAAAGUAAUCGAGUCUUCAUGCGCGUGCUACUAUGUAUUUAUUCAUGUACAUGAAGUAAUGUAAACAAAUAAAUAUGUGAUGACAAUAGAUCCCGACCGUUGCUUAUUUGGUUUUUUGUAUGAGUUUGGUCUUCUUGGUACAAAUGAAGAAAAUAAUGCUUACAUUUAUAGGAUUUAUUUCAGCAGUAGUUUGUGUAGCUAUUUGAUGAGUUCAGAUCUUGUAUAUGUAAUACAAAGUGGAGCUUUUUAGGAUGUUUACCCUGGGAUUGUUCUUAUCAAA